CGUUUCUACCUUCUUACUCUUCUGAAAAUACAUUGCUUUACUACUAACGGCCAGGAGCGCGAGUCGAAUGCGAUUGGUCUUUGAAAUCAGGCCUACAACUAGAAACGGCACGCUGAGGUACUUUGAUAUUUGUAUCCGUCACGCUAAUAUAUGAUCCCUCAAAAUGAGGCUCACAUCCACCGCAAGGCUGGCAAUUGCUGCUAGUCAACUGCUCGUUUCCCCAGCUGUAGCACAGAUCGACAAUAUCAUGACAAGCAUAGUGGGGAACCCGACUACAUCAUCAGCACCGUCACAGCCAACACCAUCAAGAGAACCAAAGGUCCACCUGAUCAAAGCCGGUGCGGGAGGCUUCAAGUUCACGCCGCAAGAGAUUCACAAUGUAUCAGUCGGUGACAUUGUCAGCUGGGAAUUCUAUCCGCCUGAUCACUCAGUUGCAAGAGCAGAGUUUGGUUCAGCAUGUGUACCCUAUGAGGAGACGGGGAAGGGCAAAGUAGGCUUCUGGUCUGAAACGCAAUGGGUCAACGACACAAGCCAGAUUACAUACUUCAACAUUACCAUUAACUCGACAGAACCGAUAUUCUAUUACUGUGCAGCACCGAAAAGCUGUAUUGGAGAGCAUAUGGUCGGUGUCAUCAACCCCAACUCAACACAGACGUUGGCAUCACAGGUACAGGCUGCAGCCGCAGCAGACUUCCAAAUAGCGCCUGGUGAGCCAAUUCCCGCCGAGGCCUCGUCAUCGGCAACAUCUACACCAGCUAGCAAUGGAAACAAUGGCAGUCACAAACUGUCGAGCGGAGCCAUUGCCGGCAUAGUGGUAGGUGGUGUUGCUUUCUUAGCCUUGUGCGCAGCUCUGUUCUUCUUUGUUGGUCGUUCCAACUCGCUGAAGAGGACAAUCAAACACCAUAAUGCGACGAACAAUUUGGAUCCACACAUGAGCCAAUACGGUGGUGCUGGAGCGAGGUAUGGCGAUGGAGGACUUGCGUCACCCGGCUUCGCACCGGCCCGGCCUGGAUAUGCGACGCCGCCGCCAGGCCAUCUCGGCGAUCAUGGAUAUGGCUCGCCGCCCCAAUAUGGCCAACACGGUGUGGGAGAAGCGCACCCGGGUGGAUGGACGAGCCCGAUAGCGCACCAAGGACACCUGAGCAUGAUGAGCAGUACGAGCGGCAUGAGCCAGGCGCAACUCGACCAAUUGAAGUAUGCGCACAUGAGCACACAAGCGGCGCCAGCAGAGCUACACAGUCCGCCGAUUGGGCAGCAGGGCUUUUCAGCCGAGCUCGAGGCACCGGAGCACGUCAAAAGGACAUGAAGGAAGAAAAGAGGGCCAUGAAAAGGGAGCGGUUAUUUGUAUUGUUAUUUUGCAUGCGACCUUUGCGAUACCAGCCAUGUAAGGGUGAAGGGCAGAUAAGCGGCGUUAGUUAGUGCAACCAUGUGACGAUUGAGAUUUUUACAGGAAAUAAGAGAUGUGGUUGCGGGUGAUGUGUUUGUAAUUGACGUGGGUGGAGACGGGUGGGUCGGUGAUGUGCCAUAGUAUAGUGUAUAGUAGGUAAUAGCAAGGCCAACUGCCUGGGCAUUCGGGCAUUCAGGCAUUCAGGCAUAGCUAGUGCCGAGACAUGACUCCUGCCCUUGGUGCUAUGUACGUAAGCAUGGCAUUUGUAAUGGGAAACGGUGAUGGGGGACAAGGAGGUUACUACGCGGAAAGGACUGCAUGUUAGCGAGGAGCAUGGGUAGAUGACAACAGC